CCCAUGAAGCCUACGAGAUUGGCAUGCUUCUUGUUGAAUUGCUGAUUUAUGAGGGGAAAUAUAAAGAAGCCCUGAAACGCGAUUGCUUGAAGCAUGAAGAAAUUUCAGAUGCUCGUCGUCCACUGUACAAAGCCAUUAUAUACAUAAUGCUGGGAGACGACAAAAAAGCAGAAGAAUGUUGGGAACAGUUCGAUGAAAUCCGAGAACUAUUCCAUCUAAGAAAGCCCUCAUCAUCAUCUUCUUUGGGUGAGGCGAUUGACACCAUUACCGAUUUCCAGACGUUCAGGAACAAAGUGAUGAAACUUAAAACUGGAAUUGAAGAGAUUUCUGCGAAAAAGAGUUCCCGUAAAUGAGAUGCAUGAAUAUGAUCUGAGUUUUAUUUUAUUUUAUUUUUUUCUCUUUGUGUGGGAGAAAAAAUGGUGUGUGAAGAAGAAGACGGUAUCCCCUGUUCCUUCAGCGCUUGUAGUAACGCGCCUUCUAAAGAGGAACGUCGUGUCUGUGUAUAACAACGGAGGAGACAAGUUGGUUUCAUGUUUUUGGUCCCUCCCAUCUUUUUUCUGUCUUCAGAAGCUAUAUCCCAGUCAUCUAUUUGUACGGAUUGAGCCAAGUCAAUGGGGUAAUUACUAUUUAAUGAAUCUAUAAUAUUUGGUUAAAAGUAUAUAAUGUUAUGGGGAAAUUAUAUGUCCUUAACUU